UCCCUCGGCGAACUGACGGUCUACUUGACGAACGAACCCGGAAGAAGUCUCGGCCCCUCGACAGGCUCCUCGCAGCAGCAGAAGCAUCGUUGUCUCAGUAUUACGAGUUCGUCAAUGACGACGCCCUCAGCAUUCUGGCUGGGUUCUUUCCAGCUCGCCGUCAGCGCCGAAAUCUUACCCAGCCUCUCCAUAAAUGGCCCUUGGCAGUGGACGAGAUACGUGGUGUCUUGGCUACUACGUAACGAUCUGGUCCUCCUUCAACCUAUACGGAAACGCGUUCGACGAACUUCGCCUCAUCCUGGGCAGCUCGACCUACGGGGCCUGCACG